AUGGAGCCAGGCAGCUGCUCCCAGCAGCACCUCGUCCUCUCCACUGCGUGUCAGCACAUCAGCCAGGUUUGGAUUUUCCCAGGUGAACCUGCUAUCCUGUUCCAGCUGUUUUCUUCAAACUGGUUUACAGGAAUUUUGAGAAGCCUAAAACUCAACUCCUUUUCCAGCCAAUAUCCUGGAGCCGGGGACUGGAUCUCAGGAACGUCACUUCUUCCAGGAUGGCGAGAUGGUUUGCUUCACCAAUAUGGCUGCACCUGCAGCUUGGUUCUAAUGCCCACCCUGACCAAGCACAUUCUGUGUAAUAUGGAAUCUAUAAUUAAAAGUCUGGAUAUACAAAGGGAUGUAGUAAAGGGCAAUAAAAGGGAAGGGAAGAAAGCACAUUCACUUUGA